UGUUAUGCCGGUGAUCCACUGCGGUGCGACAGAACAGUGCAGUUAAAAAAUUAGAGCUAUACUUCGAAAUUGCGAGCUAAGGCCAUCAAGACCCCUCCACUCUCAAUGACACCCUACCUCUUACCCUGUGCGCGACGAGAUCCAGUCCGCAUAUUAGCGGACACCGCAGAGCUUUCAGCUGCAGGGAGGAGCGUGGCGGCCGAGGAGCAGCCAAGUGGGGAUGUGGGCUUAUUCGCCACCGGAAUAGACAUCUGAAUGAAAAAGCAAUAGAUAGAAAGAAAGAAGAAAAGAAAAGGAAGAAAAAGAGAUCGGCUGACAGAAGAGGGCGAUGCAGCAGGCGUGCAAGUGCGGAGAGCCGUGGCGCCGCAGCGCAUCUCGUUGACAGCGCCGCAUCCAGCAUCCUACACGAGCGAGCGACCUCGUCCUACGUAGCCCAGGCCUUUCAUGGAGGCUCUUCCAUCCUUGCUGAACAUGAAGUAAUGCUUUUCCGUUUGAGCUUGGCGUGUUUCUGAGCUGCUGCUCCCAAUGGCUUCUCAGCAGCGUGCUCGCCGGCCCAGCGCCAUGAGUUCUGAGGAGAAAGCCUCGACCCCUCUGCACAAGAGUUCGACCCCGGUGCAUAAGACCACCCCCUCUGUGGCGUCCUCUCAGAGGGACAGUAGGCAGGAAGGGGACAGCUGGGAAAUCAUUGAAGGACUCAAGAUUGGCCAAACCAACGUCCAGAAACCAGAGAAACAUGAAGGGUUCAUGCUGAAGAAGCGGAAAUGGCCCCUAAAAGGCUGGCACAAGCGCUUCUUUGCCCUGGAUAACGGGAUGCUGAAGUAUUCCAAGUCACCCAUUGAAAUUCAGAAAGGAAAGCUUCACGGCAGCAUCGACGUUGGCCUGUCAGUGAUGUCAAUCAAGAAGAAACUGCGGCGGAUCGAUCUGGACACAGAAGAUCACAUCUAUCAUUUGAAGGUAAAAUCUCAGGAGGUUUUUGAUGCCUGGGUGGUGAAGUUGAGACACCACCGCCUCUACCGGCAAAAUGAAAUUGUACGCUCACCUAGAGACUCCAGCUUCCAUGGGUUUCCUUCACCAAAUGCAGAUCCAGGCCUGCCGGUAACAGAGGGACAGGUGAAACCCAGCAGUCUGCCAUGGCAGCAUCAAGGAUGCAGCAGCCUCCCCACCUCAUACAGCAAUGGGCAAAGCAAGGUGGCAGCCUGGCUCCAGGAGUCGGACGACAUGGACAAGUGCUCUGAGGAGCUCACCCACUGUCAGUCGUGCCUCGUCGACCUCAGCAAGUUGCUACAGAACCUCGAGAUCCUGCAGAGAACCCAGUCUGCCCCAAAUUUUACUGACAUACAGGCCAACUGCUUGGAUCUCGGCAAGAAAGACAAACGCACGGGCCGGAGGUGGAGGACGAAAAGCGUCAGCAAAGAUGCUAAAGUGCAGCUGCAGGUCCCCUUGAGCUCCUCCAUGUCCCCAGUCCGUUUGCACGCAUCCAACCCCAAUAUCUGUGCAGACCUGGCAGAUUUUCAAGCACCGGUGAGCAGGCUGGUAGACCCCUUUGAGUACGCCACCGACUACAUCAAACUGCAGGAGGAAUUCUGCCACAUCGCACAGAAAGUGCAUUCUUUCCUGAGGUCGGCCUUCAACACAGUAGCAAUAGAAAAAGAGAAAAUCAAGCAGCUGCUCUUAGAGCAGGAGCAGGCGGGCAGCAGCAACCAGCUGGCAUCACUGCGGAGGUCUUUAUCACAGGCACUCAAGCAGAAUGCUGAGCUGAGAACACGCCUUAACCGCAUCCACAAUGAGUCGACCCUCUCAGAACAGGUCGUCAGCGUGAACAUCAUCCCCAGCCCCGAUGAGCCCAGCGAUCAAAUCCAUGUCGGCAUCCCCCUGACACAGCAGGUCUCCAAUGAGAGCAGGCUCUCCAUGUCGGAAUCCGUUUCGGAAUUCUUUGAUGCACAGGAAGUGCUUUUGUCAGCAAGUUCAUCUGAGAAUGAGGCGUCAGAUGACGAGUCCUACGUGAGCGAUGUCAGUGACAACAUUUCAGAGGACAACGCCAGUGUAGCUGACAGCAUUUCCAGGCAAAUACAGAAUGGAGACCUGGCCCGGGGGGUGUUCCGCAAUGGCCGCCGCAGUUGUCUGCCCGCUCCAUCUCAUGACACCAGCAGCAUCAACCUGUGGAACGUCCUGCGGAACAACAUUGGCAAAGAUCUGUCCAAGGUGUCCAUGCCGGUGGAGCUCAAUGAGCCUCUCAACACCUUGCAGCACCUCUGUGAGGAGCUGGAAUACUCGGAGCUGCUGGACAAAGCUGCCGAGACCGAGGACCCUUAUGAGCGCAUGAUUCUUAUUGCUGCGUUUGCAGUUUCAGGGUACGCCUCCACGUACUACAGGGCGGGAAGUAAACCCUUCAACCCGGUCCUGGGGGAGACGUACGAGUGCAUUCGGGAGGACAAGGGCUUCUGCUUCUUCUCUGAGCAGGUCAGCCACCAUCCACCCAUUUCAGCAUGCCACUGUGAAUCCAAGAAGUUUCUCUUUUGGCAAGAUAUGAGAUGGAAAAAUAAAUUCUGGGGGAAGUCCAUGGAGAUCAUUCCAAUUGGAGCAGUGAACGUCACCCUCCCAAAGUUCAAUGACCAAUACGAGUGGAACAAAGUCACAACCUGCAUUCACAACAUCCUCAGCGGCAGGAGGUGGAUAGAGCACUAUGGUGAGAUAACCAUAAGGAACACCAAAAGCAGCGCCUGCAUUUGCAAACUGACCUUCAUCAAGGGGAACUACUGGAGCUCAAAUGUUAACGAAAUCCAUGGAUUUGUGAUGGACCAGGAAGGGAAGGUCGUCCACCGGCUGUUUGGGAAAUGGCACGAAGGCCUCUACUGUGGCAUCCCACCCUCAGCAAAGUGUGUCUGGCGGCCAGGCUCCAUGCCCACAGACUAUGAACGCUACUAUGGCUUCACAAGGUUUGCCAUUGAACUCAACGAGCUUUGCCCUGAAAUGAAGGACCUGCUGCCCCCCACUGAUGCCCGAUUUAGGCCAGACCAAAGGUAUCUGGAGGAAGGGAACGUUGAAGCAGCAGCCUUAGAAAAGCAAAGGAUCGAGGAGCUGCAGCGAGUACGCAGAAGGUACAACGAUGAGAACAACAUCAAGUAUGAACCCCGCUUUUUCAAGAAGGUGAUCGAUUCCAAUCAGAGGGAAAGGUGGGUCAGCAACAGCACCUACUGGGACCUGCGCAAAUCCCCUGGCUUCAGCAAACUGGACUACCUAACGCUUUGGUAACAGCUAGCAAGGAGGAGACGCUUACCUAUGCACAAAUAUAUAACGAUUUACCGUGUUGCAGCUUUGGGUUUUCGGGGGGUGACGACGGUAAAGUUUUAAAACACCGGGGGACGGGCGUUCACAUCCCCGUUGACCACGAGCACCAGCAGAAACCCCAUUUCAAAUGAGGAGAUGGCAGGAUGACCCCCCAUGGGCACCACGGAGGGGAGCCAAGCUGAAAGCUGUCGGCAGCUUUUAACCGUCUGCGCUUGCCUUAAGAGAGACCCCUUUGGGAGUGGCAUCAUGCCAGUCCAGCUCAGCACAUGAGAAAUGCCACACGCAAGCAAGAAGGCAAAACAGGGAGCCGAGGAAGAGCGGAAGGUUUUCACAUGAAAAUAAAUAUACACAAGGUAUGGGUUCACCCAAGAGCAUUCUAGAUCACGGUGCGUAACCCCCUCCCUGUCACCAUGCGCCAACGCUCCCCUCCACUCCCAUUGGAAACAACAGGUAUAGGCAUUUUAAAAACAAUUACCCUUUAAAUUGUGUGUGUAUUUAAAAUGCGGUGUCACCACCUGGGGCCGCUGCGCUUACUUAUUUUGAUAGCAAAGGAGAGAACAGGAUUCAAGUGUCCCUCUGCUGUGGGAAGAAAAGAUGCUGCCACAGGCUACAUGUUAGAGUUCUGACUUUUAUUCUUAAGAUGGAAAUAACUCUGCUUUAAGUUUGGUGCUUCUUUUAUUUCUAACUUUGAGUCGUCACAUGUAAAAAUGGUGAAAAAUCUCACGAUAUCUCGAGGAAAAAGCGGUAAGAAGCCCCGCCCCAUGUUGAAACAAACUGCAGAGAAGCCCCACCCUAUCUUGAAGUGAAAGCAGUGAGAGGCUCCAACUCAUUUUAAAGUGAUUGGGCGGGGCUUCUCAGCACUAUUUUGAAGGAAAAGAUGAGAAGCCCCACCACCUCACUUUGAAAUAAGUGAUGAGAAGUCCCAUCCCCAUUUUUGUAGUAGUAGUAGUAGUGGUAAAAAGCCCCACCUCUCUUUGUAAUAAAAGUGCAGAGAAACCCCACCCUGUCUUGAAGAAAAGGUAUUGAGAAGCCCCACCCCAUUUUGAAGUAAUAGGAAGAAGCCCCACCCUGUCUUGAAGUAAAAGCAGUGGGAGGCUCCGACUCAUUUUAAAGUAAUAGUGCAGAGAAGCCCUGCCCAAUUUUGAAGGAAAAGAUGAAACCCCACCUCACUUUGAAAUAAGUGCUGAGAGGCCACACCCUGAAGCCCCGCCUCACUUUGAAAUAAGUGCUGAGAAGCCCCACCCUGAAGCCCCGCCUCACUUUGAAAUAAGUGCUGAGAAGCCCCACCCUGAAGCCCCGCCUCACUUUGAAAUAAGUGAUGAGAAGUCCCAUCCCCAUUUUUGUAGUAGUAGUAGUGGUAAAAAGUCCCACCUCUCUUUGUAAUAAAAGUGCAGAGAAACCCCACCCUGUCUUGAAGAAAAGGCAUUGAGAAGCCCCACCCCAUUUUGAAGUAAUAAGAAGAAGCCCCACCCUGUCUUGAAGUAAAAGCAGCGGGAGGCUUCGACUCAUUUUAAAGUAAUAGUGCAGAGAAGCCCUGCCCAAUUUUGAAGGAAAAGAUGAAGCCCCACCUCACUUUGAAAUAAGUGCUGAGAAGCCCCACCCUGAAGCCCCGCCUCACUUUGAAAUAAGUACUGAGAAGCCCCACCCUGUCUUGAAGUAAAAGCAGUGAGAAGCUCCAACUCAUUUUAAAGUGAUUGGGCAGGGCUUCUCAGCACUAUUUUGAAGAAAAAGAUGAGAAGCCCCACAGCACUUUGAAAUAAGUUCUGAGAAGCCCCAACCCCAUUGUGUAGUAGUAGUGGUAAAAAGCCCCACCUCUCUUUAAAAUAAAAGUGCAGAGAAACCUGUCUUGAAGAAAACGUAGUGAGAAGCCCCACCCCAUUUUGAAGUAAUUGGAAGAAGCUCCGCCUCACUUUGUAUGUGCAGAGAAGCCCCAUCCUGUCUUGCUGUCUACCUCGCGCAAUGACCUUAAAAGAGAUGUGGUAGUUCAUUUUGGCUCACCCUGUACAACAAUAAAAUGAGAAAAACUUCCCAAUGAGAGAAGACUGUUGAGGCAAUUGAUAAAGUCAGAUUUCAUUUACUGAUCAGAGGGCUUGAUGGCAGUUUGCGAGUUCUUCUCUCAUUUUCUGUACUCGUUCUCUCCAUCUGAUGAGGCCAUUCUGGCAGCAUGAACUGUGACUCUGAUGGAUCCCACGAUCUGGACCUACAAAACGAGGUAAUAAGACGGCCACUCGGAUAGAACUGGAAUGUGGGUGGAACAGGCACCCGUGUUUUUAUUUGACAGUCACCUGAAGGAGUCACCUGUCAAUCGUACCACACCCAUUAAAUUACUGGGAGGAAAAGAAUUUGAGGAAGCCUUCGGAUCCACCAAUCGGCUGCACGUUUCAUUUCCGGCCACCCACUGUGAAGGUCCACCCACACUUGUUGCUUCUGGGAACCUCUUGAACCCGAGCCAAUGAGGACACACAGGGAUUGGAGAAUAGUGUGUCGGUGUUGCUAUUAAAAACCAAACGAAAGACAAAGUCUCCAACAAGUGCUGUGCAUCACUAAAUAAUCCUUAAAAUCUAGAGGAACAUGGAGAAUAAAACUUACUUCUAAAAUUCAGAUAAAACAGUUGCUCCAUUCCAGUUAAAAACUGCAGCAGCAGCAGGUUCCUCCUCAGCCAACCCAACUCAUGGAUUCACCACGUAUCUCCCCAGUGGGUCUUCUACCUGGCAGAGAGUCGAGACCACCUCUCCUGCCUCCCAUCCCACCUGCCUCAACUGGCAGGACGCACACAGCUAGACCUCCAUGAUCCCAUAUGCCAGCCACACACACUAAUCCACUGGGACGCUCCUUCACUGCCAAGGCCCAGCCAUUCUGCCACCUCUCACCCGAGCUGAUGCUGCCAUUGCCGGCUGGUGUACCCCCUGCCCAUUCGCCUCUCCUUUUUCUCCGUCUUUUUUUUUUUUCUUCAGUCCAAUCCACCAAUUGUCCCCUCCUGUGUCAUAAAGACUCCCUUCACAGGCCGGACUGGGUACAGUUCUGUCCUGCGCCUGCUCCAAGGUGUGGUUGAAGCACUUGUAUUUUAACUGGAAUGAA